UCAAACCGUCCCAAUUGAUCAACCUUCCGCGAUGCAUUUUUAGUUCGCUCACAGUAAAUUGGUUUAGUCAGUCGUGCGUGUGUUAUCUAUCGGUGCUUUACUUUAAUUCCGGGCUAAAAAACCCCCAACAGGUACAGGAGUGUUGCUCGAAACCCCCCAGUUACAGGGUAAAUACAGAACCGUACAAUAGCCAAAGAAAGGUAGAUAGCAUCGAGAAAAUGAUUGCACCGAAGUACGCAAAAGGUGCACUGCUGGUGGCAUUGGUUGCGUUGUUCGCGGUGAACGCAUUGCCCACAACGACAGCUGCAGCAGCUCCUAAAGUUGAUGUAACGGAUGAAAUUACUACGCAAGAUCUGCCAAUCACACAGCCUCCUCCAGAUGACAACAAUACAACAACCACAAGUACGUCCACUACAACUACAACGGAAUCUACAACUACCAGCAGCACCACCACUACUCCCAAGCCUACUACUCCCACAACCACCACCACCACCACUACUACCGUGACCCCGCCAACUACGCCGCCAACGACGAGCACUACUUCCACCACGCCCGCUACACCGACUCCGUCACCUACCCCAACGACGACGUCGACCGAAACUCCCACAACUCCAGCACCGACACCGGCACCGCACUGCAACCGUUUCGAUGCUUACUCCUUCGUUGGUGGUAUGAUCCUUGCCUACGGAUCGUUGGCCAUCUCGCUGGUACUGUACAAAUUCUACAAAACGCAACGGAACGCUGGAAACGUAAACAAUCCAAACAAUUACCGCACGCUGUAAACGAUCGUGCCCACAAGGGGUCUCACCACUGUGAUUCACCCAGUGAUACAGCGAUCGUAAUUUGAUCUUUCGUUCGUUUUUUUUUUUAUUUUUGCUUUUCUUUACUUUGUCGUCCAUUUUAAGCAGUCCUUCCCACCGUCCAAAAUCUAUGAAAAUAAUCUUAUGGUGGUAACAUUGAAAUGGACCCGGGAAACCGUUUAUUUUACACAUCUAGUAGCUUGUUUGUAUGCAAAUCAUUUAAUGUGGUAGUUAAAAUUGGCCUUGGUAGUAGUCAUUCUGCGAGAUAUUCUUUUUUUUUCUUUACUUAUUUGAUGCCAUUAAUGCUAAGUCUUAACAGGUGGGGCACACGAAAUAUAUUUCAUUUAAAUAAGACAAUACAGAUGAUACAGUUACUUUCUAGCAUGCUAGCUUGCCCUCAGUUCCCAUCAGAACAUGAACUUAUUUCUUUUUUUUCUCAUAAUAUUACCAAAGUGCCAGUUAGUAAUCGAUCAGAAUUACAGUAAAUCCGUACAUUGCCGCCGGUUCUGCAACCGUUAAAGGACCGGUACGUGACGAUGCAUUUAAGUCCAGUUGGCCGUUGUAAUUGUCGGGCUUCAAGAACGAUAUCAAAGCUUUUGUUUUUAACUCUCUUAAGUAAUCCAUAACAAUAAUACACGCAGUACGUUUGUGGAAUACAAAAUUUUCCAACCGAUUUUCUGGCCUGAUCAUUGAUUAAAGAAAUGAAAGCUCUUAUGGGAAAACAAUGAGCGGUAAACGAAGAAAUGAAAAGCAUUGUGUGCGCACACAUUUACAUUUUUAGCCUGCGUUCCGAUCCAAAUUUUUUUAUACCAAAACUAUCCCCAUAUUGUAUUAUUCGUAAUUGUAAACUACUUUAAACUCACCUUUAUACGAUAAUUCCUGCAACAACCAACUAAUGCUACUCUACGGUAUUUUGGCACCAUCCAGCAAACAAGAAAGUUGAUUGAUGAAAAGGAGAGAAAAAAAUAUCCCAUUGGCAGCAUAUAAUUGGGUUGUGGAUUUAGUGGAGGAUCAAAAUCGCGUGCACACAUCAUGUCUAUUAUUGCUAUACACAAACAGGCAGACAUACACACACACUCUGUUGUUUUUGCAGAAAGUGCGAAAGAACUAACCUAAAUUGUUACUGUAAAAAGAAAAUCGUAUGAAAUAAAAAGGCUGAGACAUCCGAGACAUCGCUCUACAUAUGAAGCGAGUUAGGAGAUGGAAAAACAUGGAAAAAACAACAAUUGCGUAAAUAAAUUAUCCACGGUACCAGGAAGAAGAAAAAGG